GAAUGGGCUGGGAAGUGCUUUUGCUCUCGUACACACGCGCACUCUCAUCUAAUUUGGGGAGCACAGACCGAAGACAGAGAGAAGGGGGACAGAAACCUCACAGGCUCCAGCCACCACCAUGUGCUACGGCAAGUGUGCCCGAUGCAUCGGACAUUCUCUGGUGUGCCUCGCCAUCCUCUGCAUUGUGGCUAAUAUUUUGCUUUAUUUUCCCAACGGGGAGACAAAGUACGCCUCUGAGGACCACCUCAGUCGCUUCGUCUGGUUCUUUUCUGGCAUCGCGGGAGGGGGCGUGCUGAUUCUCCUGCCGGCGUUCGUCUUCAUCGGGCUGGAAGAGGAGGACUGCUGCGGUUGCUGCGGCCACCAGAACUGCGGCAAGAGAUGCGCGCUGCUCUCCUCGGUCCUGGCCGCCCUCAUCGGAAUCGCAGGGUCUGGCUACUGCGUCAUCGUGGCCGCUCUGGGCCUCGCGGAAGGACCCCUGUGUCGUGAUCAUCUCAACCAGUGGAACUACACCUUUGCCAGCACCGAGGGCCAGUACCUCCUGGACACCUCCACCUGGUCCCAGUGCAAGGAGCCCAAGCACAUUGUAGAGUGGAAUGUAACUCUCUUCUCUAUCCUCUUGGCUCUUGGUGGAAUUGAAUUCGUCCUGUGUCUCAUUCAAGUAAUAAACGGAGUGCUUGGAGGCAUCUGUGGGUAUUGCUGCUCCCGCCAACAGCAAUAUGACUGCUGAAGGAUCACCCGAGACAAACCCCAGGCUUCCUCUGUCUCAUUGUAAUUUAUGUGUUUUACUUGUAUUAUUGUAAAGCUUGUACUAGUGUAUCAUACUCUGCAAUCUCUACUUUUGUAAAGGUGUAUGAAGACUGGCAUCUUUACAUGAUGUCAGUGUUUGAACUUAAACUUUUUUUUAAUGAGGAAACAAGUCCAGAGGAAACUUACAGACUGAGUGACAGUCCUCAGCAUAUCUGAGGUCAAACCUGUAAUGCUUAGGAUGAAAAUCACAUUACAAGCACGUGUGUGUGUGUGUGUGUGUGUGUGUGU